AUGAGCGCGGAGCAGCCACGCCUCCCCGCGUUCGUCGGAGCGCGAGGGCGGCUGCGCGCGCAAGAAGCGAGAAGCCCGCGCUGUGGGUCCCUUCAGGCCCCGCCCACCGCUCGUUCCUGGCGCGAGCCUCGCCGCUCCGCCUCACUUCGCUCCCCCCCGCCCCCAUUCAUCUUUUCGGUUUCGUUUUCCCUCGCAUCCCUCUCGUUCUCUCCGUUCGUUCUCCUCCGGCCGCUUCCUCUCUCUCCCACCCCUUUGGCAAGAAUGCCGCCGUCUUGCCCGCGUGGCCUCUGAGGCGGGACCGGGGUGGCCGGUGUCUUCCCUCCCUCACGACCCGCCUCGGCCUCGUCACGGCGGCCUUGGACGUCCCAGCUGCCGUGAGCGGGACGUGGCGGUGCGAAGUCGUCGUGUAAGUGGGGGUUUGGGGGGGGGGGUCACGCAAUUCCCAGAGCUGUGAGAACAGGGGGCUCGGCCACGCGGGCCGUUGCCCUGAGCCCCUCAGGUCCCUUCCUUCUAGAGUGUCGCUUGUGUGGCAUCCUUGCCCUUUAGCGCAAAAUGGUAAGCGUCGGAAGGGAACGGCUGAACUUGAAUUUAUUUAGCUGCAAAAUUUAGUGUUCUGUCAAUAACAUUUUAAAUUAGUAAUGAAUAACAUUGUUGAUCUGAUGUUAUUCACCAGUACUUUGGUGAGUAACAAAGUAAUUUUUAAAGUAGUAAAUGAAUGUUAUUCAUUUACUACUUUAAAAUGAAUAACAUUCAUUACUAUGUACUUUAAAAUUACUUUGUUACACACCAAAGUAGUGGCGAAUAACAUCAGAUCAACAAUGAAAUCGCGUUGAUUAAAACAAAUGCGGAAUGCAUCAUAAAUCAGGGGUUGCCAGACUUUUUUUUUAACCUUUGGGCCUGUAGAGAAGCUGUCGUGGGUACCGUGCAUGCAGUGCAACAGCAGACUUGCUCUUCUCCCCCACCUCUUUCUAAAAGCAAUUAGGAUUGGAAAAGUGUUUUCACUUUCCCCUCCAAGUUAGUGGUCCCCUUCCUUGCUGUAACCCCCCCUCCUUCAAUUCUUAUCCAGGGGAGGAGCUAGGGGAAUGGCAGCCAGCAUGUUUCAGAGAAGACCUCUGCGGGUGCCACGUUGUUGUUGUUGUUAAGUUGUUUAGUCAUGUCCGACUCUUCGUGACCCCAUGGACACGGCACUCCUGCCAGGCACUCCUGUCUUCCACUGCCUCCCGCAGUUUGGUCAAACUUAUGCUGGUAGCUUCGAGAACACUGUCCAACCAUCUCGUCCUCUGUUGUCCCCUUCUCCUUGUGCCCUCCAUCUUUCCCAACAUCAGGGUCUUUUCCAGGGAGUCUUUUCUUCUCAUGAGGUGGCCAAAGUAUUGGAGCCUCAGCUUCAGGAUCUGUCCUUCCAGUGAUCUGUCCUUCCAGUGAGCACUCAGGGCUGGAGCAGGAACCGGCAAGCCACUCCAGUAUCCCUGCCAAGAAAACUCCAUGGACAAAGACAACAGGGUGCCACAUUGACAACCUAUAAAUCAAUAGAUCAGGUUAUUACAUCAACAUACCUGAACCACGCAUCAGAAAAAGCCUAAGUGAUACAUAACUGCCUCAAAUGUUUGGACUUUAACUGGGAAUUCAAAGCUUAGUUGUAAAUUCUUAACUGGGAAUUCAUAAUUCAUUUAUGGAACAUAUUUUAAAAUAUUUAAAGAAAGGAUGCGCCUAGUUCCAUUUUCCUAAAUGCUGACUAACACACCCAUCUGAAGAUAAAAGCAGAGCUGAUACACAGGAUGUAGCUUGCAGGCAAGCUUAUACACACACGUUGCCUUAGGCAUGCUCAUUAUUGCACCCUCCAAUAAUGUUUACUGCCUCUGGGAGAAAUUUUGCUACAGCCAGUGUAAAAGUAUCAAACUUAUCCUGAAGGAGAACCUUGACAUGAAACGAGUCAGCAAUUCCAGGUUGUUCUAUUAGUAUUCAAUUGAUUAGAUGCUGUCUAACCUAGUUCUACAGACUACAAUGCAAUAAAAUUGGGGCAUAUGAUAAUCUUAUUGAACAAAUGUAAUACAUUUACAGCAGUGGGGCUGAUCUGGAAGCCGCUUCAUUAUUUUCAAUUGUAAGAAGAAGAAGAGUUUGGAUUUGAUAUCCUGCCUUUCACUCCCCUUCAGGAGUCUCAAAGCGGCUAACAUUCUCCUUUCCCUUCCUCCCCCACAACAAACACUCUGUGAGGUGAGUGGGGGUGAGAGACUCAGAGAAGUGUGACUAGCCCAAGGUCACCCAGCAGCUACAUGUGGAGGAGCGGAGACGUGAACCCGGUUCCCUAGAUUACGAGACUACCGCUCUUAACCACUACACCACACUGGCUCUCAGAAAAGAAAACCUCUAAAUGGUUUACAAAAAUAUAAAACAAAACAUUCAAAUUACAGUACAGUUAAAAGUUACUACAGUACAGUAUUAGUUAAAAACAGGUACUGUAUUUAGAAAUAGUCAGACAAUGAUUAAAACCAGCAGUAACUAAAAAGAAGUAAAAAACGUAAUUUAUACGGGCCUGCAUUGGCUUGCCUAAACAAUGUUUUAAGCAGGUGUCAAAAAGGGUAGUCAAGGCUCCUGCCUGAUAUCAAUACGCAGGAAGUUCCAGAGAGUAGGUGCUGCCACACUAAAUUAUCAUAACAACCCUGUGAGGUAGGUUGGGCUAAGAGAUGGUGACUGUACGCCCAGUGAGCUUCAUGUCUGAGUGGGGAUUUGAACCCUGGUCUCCAGAGCCAAACACUUAACCAUUGUGCCACACCGGCUCUAUUGAAAAAACUAUUGUUAUUUCCCUUUUCAGGUUCAUGCUAUGA